UCCUCCGCCCUUCAUCACCAGAAUACCCAAAGAGCUGGAAAAUAGAUCAAAGAGAGGCGGACAGAGAAGAGAUGAACAAGAAAGAGGUGUUGAAGCUAGCGAAGGGGUUUAGAGGGAGAGCAAAGAACUGUAUAAGAAUAGCAAGGGAGAGGGUGGAAAAGGCGCUACAGUAUUCUUACAGAGAUCGCCGCAAUAAGAAGCGCGACAUGCGCUCCCUAUGGAUCCAGCGCAUCAAUGCCGGCACCCGCCAGCACGGUGUGAAUUAUGGUAACUUUAUCCAUGGGUUGGUGAAGGAAAAUGUGCAACUCAACAGAAAGGUACUAUCUGAGAUAUCAAUGCACGAACCAUAUAGCUUCAAAGCCUUGGUUGACAUCUCCAGAGCUGCUUUCCCUGGCAACAAGACGACACUCAUCCCACCUCUACAAGAAAAAAAGAAGGGUCUUUCACUUCUUGUUUAAUCAUUUCUAGAGAUUACCCUUUCCCGUCAUUUAAAUGGCCUUGUCCAAGUUUUGGUAAUGCCCACGCCUCCACGCAAAAAAUACUAAUCUCACUAUUAACACGGGUAUUUGUAUUUGUUUGUGUUGGUUGGUGAUGGAUGAAACCGGAAAAACAAGCACCACUGGCCUAUGACCAGAGAAAGCUUUCAAGCCUAUAUAUCUAUUUGUGUGGCUAAAUGAUAGUUUCUGGCCUAUUAAUUCACGGCUUUGUCGAACUAAUCUAAAUAUGUACUUCCACAUUCUAACACAGUU